AUGUCGCGCUCUCCUCAUCCAAGCUCGCUCCAUGAUCUAUCCGCAGAAGAAGCAUCCACCAUCUCCACGGCCCUGCAAGCUUGGUACCUCAAAGAAGCACGCGUCCUGCCUUGGCGCGUGCCCGCUGUUCCCUUUGGCACUGCUCCGUACACGGAGCAUGUCCAGCGUGUUUAUCUCUGUCUCGUAUCAGAGACCAUGUUGCAGCAGACACAAGUUGCCACGGUCAUUGAAUACUUCCAGCGGUGGAUGCUACGGUUUCCAACUAUCGCUGAUGUUGCUGAGGCGCCUGAAGCAGAUGUCCUCAAGCUAUGGGCAGGGCUAGGCUACUACUCGCGCGCUAAACGGUUGCAAGAAGCUUGUGCGUACUUGCAGGCUACCUACGUUGCUGAAACGUUGCCCUUCCCCAAUGAUGUGGCUACGUGGGUCAAGCACGUCGCCGGCGUUGGCCCUUACACCGCAGGCGCAGUCCUCUCAAUUGCAUGUGGCCUCUCGGCUCCUAUUGUCGACGGCAACGUACAACGCGUGCUCUCCCGAUUCCUUGCAAUCCGCGGAGACACCAAGACUCCUAAGUCAGCAGGCAGCAAGCUCAUCUGGCAGCAAUCAGCGUUGCUUGUUGAACAGGCAGGCAAUCAGCCCGGUACUUUCAAUCAAGCACUCAUGGAGUUGGGUGCAACGGUGUGUACCCCCGUCAAGCCGACCUGUGCGUCUUGUCCAGUACGGGAAGAAUGCCGAGCGUAUCGACAAUACACGCAGCUCAAGCAGGCUUCGCCAUUCUUCAAGAAGCGCAAAGCAGCUGUGCUCGAGCUUGAGAUUGAGGAUCUUCCUGAGCCUUGUCCAAUUUGCCCACAGGAAGCCAUUGCGUUGCCUGCUGGACGCGAUUUUAUUGAAACGCACUACCCCCUCAAGAUUGCCAAGAAGCAACAAAGACUCGAGCAUGCACUUGUCGUUGUUGUCAGAAAAGGCGACCAGGUCUACCUCGAACGUAAACAGACUGGCUUGCUAGCUGGCUUGUUUGACUUUCCUUCA